AUGGAAGAACCACUCUCCUUUGUACGCGAUAACCCUUUUGUCAAAAAUGAUGGCUGUCGUCGGUUGUUUCGCAGAAACCCAACAGUACAAAAGGAAAAUUCUGCUCAAGAAGCAUCAGUUUCUGAUCAGCUAGGUUAUAGCGUCAAAAAAGUGAUGGUAGUAGAGAAGGAGGCUGAUGAUCAUCAAGAUAAUAUUUCCACUGGAUCAUCUUCAGACAUUGAAUAUGGUCCAGGAAUAGUUGAAAAAUUAAAAGCUAAAUUUUAUCAACUUUCUGGCAUUGCAAGUCGAGAUGCAAAGGUUUCUCCACAUGCUACAGGUAAAAGAUGUCCUUCUGUCGACGAUAUUCUGUCAGCUACUGAGCAGCCAUCUCCUACUUGGGAAAAUCAGCCGACUGUACCUAAUGCAUUGCAUAAAGCCUAUUCCAAAUCAGUUGGUGAUGUUUAUGAUGCUUCUCCAGAGAAGAGGAAUUUUGUUGUUCAUCGCACACCCAGAAUAGGCGAUGAGGAUGAAGCAGAUGAUUUACAACCGAUCAGUGUAUUACGAAAGAAGUUUGAACAGAAUGUUCAACGACGACCUUCUCAGAACCGCAGAAACUCUCAAGGUUUUACAACUAAAACGACUUUACGACCAAAAUCAGUUGACUUCUCUGAACACGACACUUUUCUGAGGCAGUCUAUACCCAAGUCUUUCACUGUGAUUCAGAGUUCCGAGAGCUGUUCUUGUCAAAUACCUGUCACAUCUUGCCGACAGGAGUCUGUAGAUAGCUACCGUGCACUUCCGCAGAUGAAAUCUCCAACAUUCUCUGCACAAACCAAAGAUUCUACCUAUAACACUAGUAUUAUUGAUGAAAAAUUACAUCCAGCUGCCCGAAAAGAAUCUCAUUUACGUGUUCUUGAGGUUCUCAAUCAUCGCGAGCCCGAUGAUGAACCUGAGUUUGUCAAAAUAGGACGGCGAUUAAAACGUAGUCCAUUGCACUUGGACGACAUGCCUGAAACUAUUGAGCUGAAGAAAGAUAUAGUAGAAGAGAACUCAUUCGUCUCUCCACGAUCGGAAACUAGUGCUGAUCAUAGUGUUGUAUAUCGAAGUUAUGAUCCAAAUAUGAGACAAGCUCAAAGCUUAACGAUGGAUCAUGACUACUCAGAAGAAACACGGAAAUACAUCAUUCGUGGAAAUCCGGAGAUUCCAAUAAUCACCUCUAACACUAGAGUUAUUAAAGAAACAGAAAAUCCUCGAGCUUUUGAAAUCUAUUCUCCUCCGGAUCCUCAACCUGCUAAGUAUGCCUCAAUCAACUCUGAUGUUGUUAUAAUGGCUUCAUCGGAAGUACGUUACCCCUCAGACUCAAGUCCGCCUCCUGAGGAACCUAAACAUAGGAUGAGGACAGAUAACCCUGUUAUCGAGAAGUCUUCAGUACCACAAUCAUUUAAUAAAAGUGAUAACAGAUCUACAGUUCAAGAAAUGCUCCAUAGAUUCCAAAAAAAUCGCGAUAGCCGUAUGAUUGAUUUCGGUGGUCAUAGCAAGGAAGAGUUCAUUCAGGAUACUUCUGAGAAGGCUUUCAUUCCUGCUUUGGUUGGAUUCCGUAAUGCUGAAGAUCAAAAAGCUCAUAGCGCCUCUUUAUACACUUAUGCAGUUCCAAACAACAAAUGCAAUGUUAUCUCCAUAUCCGUUAGCCCUACAAGCGAUGAAGUAAGCCUAUGUAGCAGUUCAACUAGUAGCUCUAUGGCUCGUAGAUUAUCCGAUGAAGAAGAUAGCGGUAUUUCGCCCGUGUCUACAAGUUCAAACAAAAUUUCGCCAUCAGCAGUGUCGUACGAUGUACCCCCAGCAGUUCCUAUGACUCCUCCUCCGAGUAGCCCACAUUAUGCCACAUCUUCUAUUUUGAACAAUGUUUAUGAUAAUUCUGAAUCAAAUUUCAACAGUAUAACUGAUCGACCCAGUUCUCUCGCUUCUCAGGAGACUCUGGAUGAAAGAGUCUCGAGGAAAAGCCUGUCCACCCGAUAUCUGGAGAGUAAGCUACAAAAGUUCCAAGUUCUGAAUGAGAAACCAUACGGUGAUGAUGCAACUGAACUCAAAACGGAACUGAAAGAAUCCUCGAUUGAUGAAGAUGUCGAGCUUACUUAUGAACCCACUAUUAGCAUUCCUCUAGGUGACAGUGCCACUGAGCUACAUAACAUUUCUGAGGAUGAUGAUUCUUCUGUUAUCAUGCGUUUGAAGAACGACUUGUAUGAAAUUGAGCACGGCAUGCCUCAGCGUGCAGGCGAUGGAAAUUUUGUUCGUCAACAUCUCUUAUCAAUUGUUAUGGAGGAAGAUAUCCCUUGCAUUCUCGAAGCCAUGAAUGAGAAGUAUAACUUCGAGUUCGAGGAUCUUGAUGAGACAACUCCAUCAACAUCUUCAAUAAUUUAUCCACCUGAGAGACGACAACAACGUCGUAAGGAAAGAAAUGUGUCUAGAAUCAGAUUUGAGCCAACACCUGUUGUCUACGCAUAUUUAGAUGAAAACUCUGCAAUGAGCACGCAGGAGUGGCAUAGUGGCACAGAGUUAGAUUAUUAUAAUUAUCAGCGUCUCUUCGACCCAGCUUACGAAGAGUAUGAGCGCAAGAUUGAAGAACAGUAUUCCUUAACAUCUAAGUCUCUAGCCUCCUCAUUCGUAGAUGAUUUCCUGGAAGGAGACGUUAAUGAUUAUACCCUGAACAACGAGCUGAUUCAGACUUCUAGCAAUGAAAAUUCGACUAUAUUUGUCUGA